AUGUAUUAUUUGCAAGCAAAAGAAUUUGGUCGCUCAGUGCAUAUUGAUGAGGUCUUUCAACAAACCCAUAUACGAAAAGAAACUGGACAGUUUGUUGAUGAAAGAUCUAGCAAAACAUAUGAAGAUUUUGUUAAUAAAUUUUCUCAAGCUAUGUCUGAGGCUACAUCAUCUGUUGAUGAAUCACAUCUUAUGGACCCUGGUUUAGAGGAUACAAUUAGGUCUAAGUGUUGGUCUGAUGCAGUUGGUGGCAUAACCACUAAGGGGCGACUGUAUGGAGCUGGAGACCUUGCUCGUCAUUUAAAAGAUACAGAGAGCAGUCGCAUUGACGUCAAUCUUAAAAGGAAAGCAUCUUGUAGCAGUUCACAUGACACAGAAGAUAUUGUUCAGUUGAAACAACGACUUGCAAAAAAUGAACAACGACUUGCAGAAAAUGAUGCGGUUAUUCGUCAGUUGCAACAGUUUCAAUCAAUUGUCUUACAAUUCUUACCCACAGAAGCACAAACUGUCAUUCAAAAUAUUUCUCAACAACAAAAUAUGAACCUAGAUCAACAAAAUGGGGAACAACAUCAAAACCAACAAGAAGAUGACCAAGACAAAAAUCAAGAAGACUCUCCUAAUUAUGAAGAUUAUUAG